CUCUUUGCAUGUGUCUGUUAGAACUCUGUCUCUUUUUCUUUCCACACACCGCGUAUAGCUAGCGAGCGGGCAGGGCGAAACGGGUGGUGGGGCAGCAAUUCUCGGUGGUUCCCUGCAGCGCCACAGGGCAGAGUCCUGCGGGUGUGCGGAGCCUCAAUCGUUUGUGGCGGCGGCGGCCGGGACCGGGAUGCGCUGCGCUGUGCCUGCCUGUGGAGCGGCAGCCGCGGGCGAAAGGGAAGGAGAGGCUCGGCUGAGCAAACGAUUCGCCUGCGCUUAGCACCGCUCCGGGUUGAGGACGAGGAAAAGUGAUCGCUGCAGGGACCCUGAGAAUUCUCCCCGUUCCCGCUCCCAGCUGUUCACGGCGGCGGCUCCUCGCGCUUUUUGGCGCAAAGCCGCUCUCGGUGCUAAUCCGUUGGCACCCAGAUGGCCAAUUCCGUCAACGGCCGGAACCCACGCAAGGGACGGAUCUUGGGCUUCAUUGAUGCCAUUCAGGAUGCUGUGGGCCCCCCCAAGCAGGCUGCUGCUGACCGGAGGACUGUGGAGAAGACCUGGAAGCUUAUGGACAAAGUGGUAAGAUUGUGCCAAAAUCCAAAGCUUCAACUCAAAAAUAGCCCACCUUACAUACUUGACAUUUUACCUGACACUUACCAACAUUUGCGACUUAUCCUGGGCAAAUAUGAUGACAACCAGAAACUUGCACAGCUCAGUGAGAACGAAUACUUUAAAAUCUACAUUGACAGCCUCAUGAAAAAAUCCAAACGGGCUAUAAGACUCUUCAAAGAAGGAAAAGAAAGGAUGUACGAGGAGCAGUCACAGGAUAGGAGAAACCUAACUAAGCUGUCCCUCAUCUUCAGCCACAUGCUAGCAGAAAUCAAGGCUAUUUUCCCAAAUGGCCAGUUCCAGGGUGAUAACUUCCGUAUCACCAAAGCUGAUGCUGCAGAUUUCUGGAGAAAAUUCUUUGGAGAUAAAACUAUAGUGCCAUGGAAAGUGUUUAGGCAGUGCCUUCAUGAAGUUCAUCAGAUAAGCUCUGGUUUGGAAGCAAUGGCUCUUAAAUCUACUAUUGAUUUGACCUGCAAUGACUACAUUUCCAUUUUUGAAUUUGAUAUCUUCACUAGAUUAUUUCAGCCAUGGGGGUCAAUCUUAAGGAACUGGAACUUCUUAGCUGUAACACAUCCUGGAUAUAUGGCAUUCCUGACAUAUGAUGAAGUGAAAGCAAGAUUGCAGAAAUACAGCACAAAGCCUGGGAGCUACAUUUUCAGACUGAGUUGCACUCGUCUGGGACAGUGGGCCAUUGGAUACGUGACUGGUGAUGGGAACAUACUGCAGACCAUACCUCACAAUAAGCCUUUGUUUCAAGCUUUGAUUGAUGGCAGCCGGGAAGGAUUCUAUCUCUUCCCAGAUGGACGAAGUUAUAAUCCUGACUUGACAGGGUUAUGUGAACCCACACCACAUGAUCACAUAAAAGUCACUCAGGAGCAGUAUGAACUCUACUGUGAAAUGGGUUCCACUUUUCAGCUGUGUAAAAUCUGUGCAGAGAAUGACAAGGAUGUGAAGAUAGAACCUUGUGGACACCUGAUGUGCACUUCUUGCCUUACAGCAUGGCAGGAAUCUGAUGGCCAAGGCUGUCCUUUCUGCCGCUGUGAAAUCAAAGGGACUGAACCCAUCAUUGUGGAUCCCUUUGAUCCAAGGGAUGAAAACUCCAGGUGCUGCAGUAUUAUUGAUAGCUUUAGUAUGCCCAUGUUGGACUUGGAUGAUGAUGACGACAGGGAAGAGUCUUUAAUGAUGAAUCGUUUGGCUUCAGUCCGAAAGUGCAAUGAGAGGCAGAAUUCACCUGUGACUUCCCCAGGAUCUUCCCCUCUUGCACAAAGAAGAAAACCACUUCCAGACCCUCUGCAAAUCCCACAUCUUACUCUUCCACCUGUGCCUCCUCGUUUGGAUCUUAUUCAGAAGGGAGUGGCACGGUCACCAUGUGCCAGCCCAACUGGAUCACCAAAGUCUUCUCCUUGUAUGGUGAGGAAACAAGACAAACCUCUGCCAGCACCACCGCCUCCCUUGCGUGAUCCUCCACCGCCCCCGCCAGAGAGACCUCCUCCAAUUCCACCAGACAACAGGAUAAGCAGACACCUGCAUCACCCAGAAAGCGUGCCUUCCAGAGACCAGCCAAUGCCUCUUGAAGGCUGGUGUCCCAGAGAUGUCUUUGGGACAAGUCAGUUGGUAGGGUGUCGAGUAGGGAGUGAUGCUUCUCCCAAAGCAGGACUGACUGCAAUUUCCAACGUAAACGGGAGGCACAACCGCCUAAGUUCUGAGUCAGGAUUUAUCAGGAAGCACAGACGUCACGAGCUGCCUGCCGAAGGUGCCAAGGUCUUUUCAAAUGGUCAUCUGAUAAAUGAAGAAUAUGAUGUCCCCCCACGGCUUUCACCCCCUCUUCCAGCUGCCUCCAUCACCCCCAGUAUAAAGUGCCCUGUUCCUUUAGCAAAUCCUCUGUCCGACAAAUCAAGGGAUCACGCAGAUGAUGAUGAUGAAUACAAAAUUCCAUCUUCACAUCCUGUAGUACUGAGCUCACAGCCAUCUCACAGUCAUAAUUUGAAACCUCGAGUGUGUGAGAAUGGUCAAUGCACUGGAGUCACGAAUGGGACACACAGUGCUGCUUCUGAGAUGAAGAAAUCCAAACAUCCAGAGUUAGGAGAUGUCUGUGAUGCACCUACUGUUCCGGUACCUUUGCCACCUGCACGACCUCCUACCAGAGACAACCCAAAACACAGCUCUUUGCUCAACAGGACACCCUCCGAUUAUGAUCUUCUGGUGCCCCCUUUAGGUGAAGAUACAUUUGAUAACUCACCCCCUUCACUGCCACCACCCCCACCACCUGCUCGGCACAGCAUGACUGAGCACACGAAACCUGCUGGCUCAGGGAGCAGACCUCCUUCAGGACAUGAACUGUUCCUUCACCCUGAUCCUCAUUUUGACCCAAUAUCUGGUCAUGUUCCUUUGCCACCUGCUCGUAGAGUAACUGGAGAAAAUGUCAAAACAAAUCGGACAUCUCAAGACUAUGAUCAACUUCCUCCCCCUUCAGAUGGUUCACAAGCACCAGCCAGACCCCCUAAGCCACUUCCUCGGAGGACUGCACCAGAAAUACACCACAGGAAAGCAUACAGCUCUGACAGUUCCACGGAAAAUGUGGAUGCAAAGAUUGCAAAACUUAUGGGAGAGGGCUACUCCUUUGAAGAAGUCAAGAGGGCACUUGAAAUUGCCCAGAAUAACGUCGAUGUGGCCCGUAGUAUUUUAAGAGAAUUUGUCUGUUUUCCCCCACCAGUCUCCCCACGUCUCAAUCUAUAGCAGCAUCAAGAUUUUCUUGGAGCACGUGAAUGCUACAGAUACAUGUGUGGAUUGAAGAAUGAGAGAAAGAAGAGAAUGGAGUGGGCUUUUUUUUUUCUCUUUCAUCCUUACUAGAAGGGUGUUUGUCUCCAGCCGUUUAUCAAAGGCUCAUGGCUGCUCUGAUCAAGACUGAUAAAUAUGCUGAGGCUUAUGUAUUUUUGCUAGCCAUACUUUUUUAAAUCAGGGUUGAACUGACAAAAUAAUUUAAAGAAGUUUACUUCCCUAGAACUUUUAAUCUGUGAAAUGCUUUUUUUUUUUUUUCUUGUUUACAAGUUGGCAAGUUACAUUUUUUUCUAGUUGAUGCCUGUACUAUGUCCCUGUUCAUAUUCCCUCAUAUUUGUGGUCAGUUCUGCUGUAGCAUUCCCAACAGUUUUCAUGCUGUCCACCCCAUCAUCAUCUAAAUCAUCACUUUCCAGAAGUUCUGUGUGUCUUUAUUGUUUUGUUUUGUUUCCCUCUUACAAGAUACUUUAAUUGUUUUGGGGUUGUUUUUGCAUUUCAGCUCAUCAAAUGCAGAAACUUUUGUGGCCUUCACUACUGAUUUAUUUUAUUUUUUUUUCCUUCUGAGAGUCCUUUGCUUUUUAGAGAGGAAAUAUCUGAAUGUAAAAUGCAUUAUUUUGUCUACAAACUGCCUGCUUCAAGGUAUUUUGACAGUAAUGUUGGGCAGCUUUCUGUUUUAACGUGAAUUCCGUGACCUCCGUGGUCCUCAAGGUAUUCUAUACACAAUUUCCACCAAAAGGAAACAAAAAUAUCCCAAGCAACUAAUAAAACAUUUUGUGGAGCAGUGAUACUGAGUUCUAACAUGUGACAGCACUUUGAGAUCCGAGUAUUUGAAUGCAAAAUGAUCAAAAAUGACAGAUGCACCUGCUAAUGCUAUUCUGAUUACAUGCUCAUAGCAUCAGCUCUCUAUGACCUGUGUAAACUGAGGCAUGCCAGGCUGAAAAGAAUCUUCUUGAAUCAUGGCAAUAGCAUUCAGGUAAAUUCCAGUUCUAGCUUCUUCUGUAAAGUGGGAUGGUUAUCCUGUGGUUCAUUGUGGCUUGGAUCAGUUUGUAUUAACAUGGAAACUUUAAAUCCUUGAUGCACUGUUAAUUCCUGAUGCUACUGUAGCAAUGUUUGGGGUUUUUUUCAAAGUCCUUGAGUAACCUUCUCCUCUGUACACUUUAUUAGUCUCAAGUUAUGUGUUUCAUAGACAAAUUCAUUCACUCCCAAGUUUUAUUUUACAUUGUUAGUGAUUUUUCAGGCUUUAACUUAUUUUUGAGCACAAAUUGAUGCAAGCCAAAUUAAAAAAAACCUAUCCAAUUUCAGAAUAGAGAGAGAGAGAGAAGAUAACUUAGUCCUCAGCAUCCUCAAAGUCGAGUCCAAAUAUUUCCAGAGUAGUUCUUAAGAUUGCUGCUUACCUGUGUUUUUUGGAAACUUUGAAAUCUUCUUAGCAUUGAUAAAAAUAAACCCUUGUAGUAGUUAGAAUAUUUUGAGAUGUGACCAGUACAUGAGAAUAUUUUACAGUGUGCUGAGCUGGGCAUGAGGUGUAUGUUUAUUGUUCCCUUUCAGCCGUUGGUGUUCUUCACUCAGAACAAGUGGUAGAAGUUAUACACUACUUAGAGGACCAGAUGACAGGUUUUGUUUUAAAAGAUUUUCUUAUGAAGACAGCAAAUGACUGAAUUGCAGGAUUCAGACUGAGAACACCCAGCAGAAAUGACUGUGAUUAUCUCCCAGGUUUGUUGUUUUACCAGAGGACUUAUUGUUUAAGUAAGUAAGUUACGUUGUAGCAUUACAAAGCAUAGAAUUGGCAUCAUUAAUCUGCUUCACUGAUAAAUGAUCAUCAGGAGAAUUCAGGGUAUAGGGAAGAGCUUCUCUUGAAGUUUUGAUUUAAUUAUUCUGAGAUUAUAUUCUUAAAAAAGGGGCAUUUGCAACUUCCUUUAAACAUUCAUUUCUUGAGUACAGCUCAUGAAAAUUCCUUGUUGAAGUUACAUUCUGUGCUUCUUAGUUCAAUUAAAUCUCUUUCCUCUUCAUUGGGAGAAUGUCUUGUGUAGUCUUGAGCCCUCUUGUUCAGCUGGCUUGUUUACAGCAUCACUCUAGCAUUUUAGCUAACUCUAAAUUCAGAAUUAUUCAUGAUAUUAAAUGAAACACACUGGUUGCACUGGCAUUACUUAAAUGAGAUUCUGACAUAACUGCCAGCAUAGCAAUGAUGGCAGUGGGGAAGGAAAAAAGGAAAAAAGAAGAUGACUUUGCAAUGAUGAGCAAACAAUCUGCAGAUUGAGUUUUCAAAUUUGGAAUCCUAAUGGAGAGCUCAUUUUCUCAUUUUUUAUUCAGCAGAUUAGUAUAAAUUACAGCCUUACAUUUCAAUUAGAGGCUGGAAUUGCUGCCUGAUGGAUUAAGGUUUUUAAAUUCUUCCUUUUCCUUUCUGGUUUUGGCCACCAGUCACAUUUUAUUUUAGUAUUUGUUAAAAGAAAAAGAAAAAGAAAAGCUUGAUGAGCAAUAUUCUGAGUGGUAACUUGAAAAGAGUUCCAUUAAUCUUUAAAUGAGUGUGCUAAUAACGCUUCUAAAUAGCGGAAGGCGAAAACUGCUUCAAACCUGGUUUGGUUAAUAGUUUUAAAGUCAAACAGAAUGAAAUUGCUUUGCUAGAGUGUUGAUGUUUACUCUGCAGGAAUUAAUAGGCUUAAAAUAAAUUAAUCUGGCUACAGUCUAGUUCUCUAAACAUAUUUCAACCUUUGAAACACUUAAGGGGUUUGAGCCUGGCAGUGUGUUACAUGCAUAUAUAACUUUAGGGAAGACUGACUUCACUGAGAGUGCUUGAAUGAGCAAAGUUGUUUGAACUCAGAAACAUCAGAUUUCUUCCAAUUAAAUAUCAUUGCAGGCUUUAGAGCAUCGUUCUGAUGUCUGUUAACCUCACUUUGUAUCUCCUUUUGGCUAAAAUACUGCAUUUUAAGUAAGUUGGCUGUAUCAGAAGUUGAGCAAAGUAAGUGGACGUCAGCAACAUGGAUCUUCUCCAAAGACCCAAGUAGAAAAAAAUUGGAAUUGUGAUAAAAUAAAGGAGUUUAAUAUGAUUAGCCAUGCUAAUAGCUUGAGAGAACCCUAAAAUGGCCACUGAUAAAAUGUGUUAAUGUUCAGUAUCUCAAGAGUGCACCUGGCACAGUUUUUUAUCAUAAUGUGAAUUUAGGAAGUUUUGUACCAGGAUCAUUUCUUUCUGUUAUACUUGUCUCAUUUCCAGCUUGAAGCUUUACUUUGCACUGAUGACUCUGACCUGAAAGCAUUUAAACUUGUGUCUUAAAGCUUGACAGAUUUUGAAGGAAAGAAGCACCAUAUUCCAACCAAAUUCAGGUACUACCUGUUCACCUGGAAUUUAGCGCUUUUAGGAAUGACUUCUUGGGGAAAAGAAAAAGGACUUCAGUAGUUUUUCCUUUGGAAGGAUUUUCUUUCAAAUAACUCUUUUAUCUGAAAAAUGCCUUUCUUAAACUUGUCUAACAUGUGGCAGACUUAGUGAUGUGUUCAAUUAAUUUAUAUUUUAUUCAACGUUUCUUUUUAAAGUUUUGGUUAUUAUGUAAGCUUGAGUUCUUUAUCUGUUUCAUGUAUUUUAUAAAAUCCAUGUUAACAGAGUGCUGGAUGGGUCUGUGAUUUUUCAAGACUGUCUCUCUGGUACUGAAUAUUACCAUUUUUUUCAUGUGCUCCUUUAGAAACCAUAGCCAUUGUUUUGUAAACCACAAAAUCGAGGCCUUGCUCUAAAACAAGGUGAAUUACUGCAUUGAGACAUUUGCUUUGUGUCCCCAUACAUACAUCAUUUCUAAAUUUCAGUCGUAAAGAAAAUGUGUAAGUUGGCAGUAAUUUUGGAAUGUAAUAGUUGUAUGGCAGAAAGAUGAUAAUCAUUAAAUAUUUAGAAUCCAGAGUGGUGAAUAUA